AUGGUCACCACGACGCAUAUGCUCCGCCGAGCACUCCAACACUCAAGCUUGAGCUUCCGCUACGCCGCCCUUAUGCGAUCGAACCAAUGCCGUGCCUUUCACAUUUCGCGUCGUCUGGACAUCGUCAAGCCAUUCCUACUAGCAGACAUUGGCGAAGGUAUUACCGAGUGCCAGCUGAUACAAUGGUUCGUGCAACCUGGAGCACGGGUCGAACAGUUUGACAAGCUGUGUGAAGUGCAGUCAGACAAGGCGAGCGUGGAGAUCACUAGUCCAUUCGAUGGAGUGAUCAAGAAGCUAUACUAUGAUCCGGACGAUAUGGCAAUUACCGGCAAGCCGUUAGUCGAUAUAGAUAUCCAGAGCGAGAUCAGCGAAGCAGAUGAAGCAAAGCUUGCUGGUGGAGAGGAGGAGUCUAGCUCUGGGAAGAAUGCAGACGCGGCUGAGGAGGAAGUGAAGCAACAGGAGAUGGAAGCUGAGGCCGGAGCCGGGCAGGAGACAGUGGAGUUACAAAACGACUCAAGCAAGACAGAAUCGUUGGAGUCACGACGACCAGCAUCGAAGCAAGACCAUAGGACCUUGGCGACGCCUGCAGUACGACACCUCACCAAGGAGCUAGACGUAGAUAUCGCGGAAGUCAAGGGUUCUGGCAAGGAUGGCAGAGUCAUGAAGGAGGACGUCCACCAGCAUGUAUCACAGCGAUCACAGCAGUCUACAUCAUCCGAAUCAGCAGCAGCCACCGCAGCAUGGCGCGAAGACAAGCAAGUACCAUUGACACCUGUCCAGUCCGGCAUGUUCAAGCUCAUGACACGCUCUCUCAACAUUCCUCACUUCCUCUACACGUGCGCAGCAGACGUCUCAGCACUUACCGCACUUCGCAAGAAGUUGAACGCGGCAGCAAAAUCACCAGAGCAGAAACUCACACACCUGCCCUUCAUCAUCAAAGCAGUCAGUCUGGCCUUACAACAUCAUCCACUGCUGAAUUCAUCUCUCAACACGAAAGACCCCAAAAAGCCGGGGCUCACCUACAGAGGAUCUCACAACUUUGGCUUUGGCGCAGACACACCGUUUGGUCUGAUGGUGCCCGUGAUACGCAACGUGCAAGACCUAAGCAUCGCUGAGAUCGCUUCUCAACUGAGACAGCUUUCUGACAAAGCCAGGAACAACAGGCUCGCACCAUCCGAUCUCCGCGACGCCACUUUCACAAUCUCAAACAUUGGGAGUAUCGGCGGAGGCGUCGUGGCUCCAGUCAUCAGCGAGCCCCAAGUCGCAAUCGUCGGGAUCGGACGAAGUAAGAUUGUGCCUGCUUUUGAUGAGAACGAUGAGCUUGUGAAGAAAGAAGAACUGGUUUUGAGCUGGAGUGCAGAUCAUCGUGUUGCUGAUGGUGCGGAGUGUGCGCGAUGUGCUGAACGGGUGAGGAGUAUGAUUGAGGAUCCGGCGAGUAUGGUGGUCAAUAUGCGAUGA